AUGUCUGAUGAAAUAAUAAGUUUUAUUUUGUAUUUUUUUAUUCUCCGAUUUCAAAGUCAUUUUACAUAUUCUUCUUCUUCUUCUUCUUCUUCUCCUAUUAUUCUUUAUCCAUCAUUUGAAAGUAUUGUUAAUCAAUUAUCAUUUAAUUCAACUUUACCAUUAUGUACACUAUUAACAUGUCAAAAAACUAAAACACAAGCUAAUUUUUCAACAAUAAAUGUAACCGAUGAAGAUUUAUUUAAAUUAGCAUCGUAUGAUAAAAUUUCACAAAAAAAAUCAUCUUUACAACGACCAUUUCUUAUUACUUCAACAGGUAUUUAUUAUGGUAAACGAAUAAAAUAUCGUAAUAAUCGUUAUAUUGAUCAAUUUCUUGGUAUUUAUUAUGCUGAAAUUCCUCGAUCACUUAAAAAACCAAUAAAAAAACGUUUUAAUUAUUCAUUACAAAGUGCAAUAAAAUAUGGUCCUUAUUGUAUGCAAUCGUUAUUAAUGACAGAAAAUCUUUCAUAUGGUUCAUUUGUAAUGCAAAAUAAUUUUAAUGAUAAUUGUCUUUCAUUAAAUAUCUAUCGAGCUGAUUUACGUUAUGGAGAAAAACGAAAAGCUAUUAUGUUAUUUUCACAUGGUGGUUCAAAUCAAAUAGGUGGUGGUUCAUUAUUUGAUGGUAGUAUUCUAGCAAUUGAAGGUGAUAUUAUUGUUGUAACAAUGAAUUUUCGUUUAAACUAUCAUGGAUUUUUAUCUAGUGGAGAUGAUAGAAUUAAAGGUAAUUUUGGUCUUUGGGAUCAAUUAUUAGCUGUUGAAUGGAUCUAUGAAAAUGCUCAUUUAUUUGGUGGUGAUCCUGAACGAAUUGUUUUAGCUGGUCAUUCAGCUGGUGCUGGAAAUGUUAUGUUAAUUCCAGCUAGUCGAUAUUGUCGUGGUAUGAUUAAACGUAUUAUAUCACAAUCAGGAACUGGUUUAGCACCAUGGAGUAUAAAUCAUCAACCAAGAAAAUUAAUUGAACGUCUAUCACAUGAAUUUAAUUGUGAACAAUCAAAUGAAACAGAAAUGUUUCAAUGUAUUCUUAAAUUAUUACAAGAAAAUAAAGGAGAUUUUUAUCGUCUUCAUUUGAGUCUUAGCAUUGCUGAUGAUAAUCCAUAUCCUGUUAUUGAUAAUGAUUUUUUAAAUGAUACAAUUGAAAAUAUUAUACAAAGUGAUGUAUAUCGAAAUAUUGAUCUUUUAACAGGUGUUACAUUAAAUGAAGGUCUUUAUUUUGCUGAAUAUCAUAUUGGACAUUUUUAUAGUGAUUUAAAUAAUCAAUCAACAUCAAUUGGUAAACGACUUCAAACACGACAAAAACGUUUUAUUCAUCGUAAUUCAACAGGUAUUAUACCACCGGAUAUAAUUAAAACACAAGAUAAUCUAAAUGAUGAAAUUUAUGAUGAUGAUGAUGAUAUAGAAGAAAUUAAAUCUCAUAGAAAAACACAUGUUGAACAAGUAUGGAAUUAUGAUCCACAUAUAGUUCUUGAACAAUUUUCAAAAUUAGAUUAUGUUGAACGUUAUAUAAAUGCAAAUUUUCAAUUUGCAACAUGUUAUAUUGAUGAAAUUAAAAAACGAUAUGAAUAUCCGGGAAAAGAUAAUAUAACUAUGCGAUUAAAACUUUAUAUUGAUCUUGUUUCUGAUUUAAUGUUUAAUUUUCAUAUGGUUCAUUGUUUAAAUUUACGUUCACAAGUAUCAAAUCAAACAUCAUCAAAUUAUGCAUAUAUUUAUUCUCAUCGACCAACAUUUAAAGCACGAAGUUUAUUUCGUGAUCAUUUAAAAACAUUACCACAUGUUAUUGGACAUUUUGCUGAAUUAGAUUAUGUAUUUGGUGUUCCAUUGGCACGUGGUCAUCGUCAAAUACAUAGAAAUGUUAAUACAAGUUAUUAUAAUUAUUCGAAUGAUGAAGAAAAUUUUAGUCGACAAUUAAUUCGUUAUUGGACAAAUUUUAUUAAAACUGGAAAUCCAAAUAACGAUUCAUCAUCAAUAAUGAAUUCUAAUAUUGAAUGGAAAUCUUAUACAACAAAUGAACAUAAUU